AUGCGAAAGCAGUAUUAUCAGCUUUCUAAGAUAUUAAAGAUUGCUUAUAUGUCAGUUAGCCUUCGAACAUCACUGGAAAUAUGCAUAAAGCGAAAUGCAGAAAGAUCUUCUUCUGUCCCUGAAAGCACUAUCCAUCGAAUGAAUUCCCGUUUCCAGUGGCCAAAUGCUGCCAUUUAUCCAUGGGAACGCCAUAACCUUGAAUUGAGCAGUCCAAUGUCUGAUUCCAUCGUCGAAGAAAUCGAAGGAUUUGUGCAAUCCGUUCUAGAACAACCCCUCGUAUUUAUAGACUGGGAGAAACUUGAAGCGGAAAAAAGCAUGUCUCGCGAAGCUAACAAGAUGAAUCCAAUUCACUUUAUUGAUGAUGUUUUGCGGUCCCUUGUUAAUGCUUGCGUUAAUUCCUUGAGUAGGUCUUCUAGUGUUGCCCGUAAUCUCUGA